ACUCCAGCAGCCUUUAAACGAUUCUGCGAAGGAAUGUGAAGCAGUUUUUGUUCAAACGAUUGCCGCAAUAAAUCCAUUUGCUUUCAACAAACGGCAGCAGCUUGUGAACUUCCUCAGUGCAGUGAACAUAUCGGAAGAUGUUGGCUCAACGUUUACGCUUCGCGUACAGGAGGUAUUCCUCCCAAGCGAUGAGUGCGGCCAAGUUGCAAGAGGAGGCAAUGAAGGAAACCUGCAUCCUGGUCAACGAUCGGGAUGAAUCCCUUGGGAAGGCCUCGAAGCGGGAUUGCCAUCGAGUGGAUCCUGAGGGCAACAUCCGGCUACAUCGGGCAUUCAGUGUGUUCCUGUUCAACAGCGCCGGCGAUAUGCUCCUUCAGCGACGGUCCAUGGAAAAAAUAACCUUUCCCGAUUGCUACACAAAUGCCUGCUGCAGUCAUCCGCUGCACGAGAUCGAAGGAGAACGGGAAGAACUGAACGCCCUCGGUAUCCGUCGUGCCGCUCAACGGCGUUUAAACUACGAGCUAGGCAUUCCCUUGGCGCAAGCACGACCCGAGAAUUUCCAUUAUCUCACUCGCAUCCACUACGCAGAUCGAGGCGAUGGCACGUGGGGUGAACAUGAGAUCGACUACAUUCUGUUCCUGCAGAAAGACGUCGAUCUUAAACCGAACGAUACGGAGGUGAGCGAGGUGCGGUAUAUCAGUCGGAAGCAGCUGGACACAACAAUGACCAAUCUCAACGCACCACUUACGCCCUGGUUCCGGCUGAUUCUUCAGCACCGAUUGCGCCUUUGGUGGGAUAAUCUGCACCAGUUGAAAAAGUACGAGAACCAUGUAGAAAUCGAACGAUUCUAGCGAUACGACCCGAUAACAUCACCUAUGGGCAUUAUUACGACACAUCAUAGGCAUUAUGGGCGUGUUAAUUGAAAUCUUCAUCGUGGGUCAGAGGCAAUAAUAAGAAUGAUUUCUAGGUAGCUAGGGGUGUUUCUUUUGUUACUGAUAUAUUGUUGUAGUUACUAAUCUAUUUUUCGAAUGUUAUACAAGGGCAAUAAAAGGAUGGAUGUGAAAUUGAA